AUGCCUUCUGAUUGGAAACCAUCAUUAUAUAGUAAAGCAACUCCUACGACCUUUCUAGCACAGCUCAACCAAAGUAUCACAUCCUCGGUAAUCAAUAAUAUUAGCACAAUUCCUGUCAAUAACAAUCACAAUACAUUCCUUAAUACCAGCCUUACAGCCACUAUCCAAACCAUCAAUUAUCCACAAAGCCCCAAGCAAACACAACCGGAGCACGCCGACACUAUGAUGCCAUCAAAACAACCUGCAUUUAGAGAUACUGCAGCCAUUCACGUUAUUGAAACAAAAGUCCAGGAAAUUGAAGCAGAGCGAAGAAAGCUUUCCAUCGAAUGUGAUACUCUCAAAUCUGAAAAUAGAUGGUAUCGAAAGAAAUUAACCGAAAUGGAGACAACUUUGCGAGCAACGGAGGAAAAACAUGAACUCUUGAAACGAUCUCAUGAAGAGCAACAAAUUGCACUUGCCACUCUUGAAAAGAGUUUAAAUGAAUGUAAAAAGAAGGAAAAGAAGCGUCACCAUAAACAUGAACAGAAAAAACAACAAAUCCAACAAUCGACAGAGGAGAUUGUAGCCCUCAAGGAGAAGCUCGAAAGAAAAGAGACCAGAGUUAAGGCACUAGAAAUUGAAACAGAUUAUUUACAAAAACAACUAGAGGAAAUUCGAGACAAAAACUUUGAACAAAAAAUUAAGAAAUACGAGACUGAUUUAUAUAAUGAAAAAUUAGAGAAGGAAAUGAUACAAGAGCGAGUAAAAGCUCUUGAAAAGGAAAAGGAAAAAUUGGAAAGCGAAAUUUUUGAAACUAGGUUGCGAUGUGAGAAGGGAGCUACAGAUAUUGACAUUCUGAAAAAGAGAGAACAAGAGAGUCAAAAUCAAGUAACAGGUCUCAUCACUGAAAAUACUAGCCUCAAGGACAAGAUAUCGUUUUUGGAACAAAAAUUGAACAAGUACAAGAGAAGUAUCAAACAGCAAACAGCAACUAUCGAAAAACUUCAAUCAAAGCAGAAAGAUCCCCUCUCUUUCAACGCUUGGGUCCAAACUGAGGAAUCAUUUCCAUCAUUUGAGCAUGUUCGCUCGCGAGACGAAACAAUAACAGCUCUCAAUAGUCAGCUUGACGAUGUGGAAGAGAAGAAUCGCCAGCUUAAAUCUCAACUCGAGUACUACAUUGCACAGGUUGAGACCAACUCCAACUUCAAUGACGACCUGUUGAGAGAAAAUCAAAACUUAAAGAAUGUAUUGAAUGACAUGAAUAGGUGCAGGGCAAAGGACGAACAACGGCUGAGAAUGCUCGAGCGAGAGUUGGAAAUUAAGGACGCAGAGAUUGAGAAGCGAAACAAAUUCAUCCGAAGGAUGAAUGAUUCCUCGCUGCACUACGCCUCUAACGAGUUGUAUGACUAA